AUGAUUUAUGAAUCAUUCGUCCUUGCGAAUGGCGAGAACAAGGUUGAGAUGGAGAUUGAUACACGUAUCCCAUCCUCUGCAAUCUUCACUUUCAAUAAGGAAGAUCAUACUCUUGGAAACCUGAUUCGCUCCCGCCUUCUCCAAAGCUCCCAUGUGCUCUUUGCUGCGUACAAGGUUCCUCAUCCGCUUGUGCCAAAGUUCGAACUCCGUGUACAGACCGACGGUGAGACUACCCCCAAGGAAGCCGUCAUUUCUGCGUGCCACGAACUCGUUCGAGACCUGGGCAUCUUGUCACGUGAAUUCACCAAGGAAUAUGAACUCCGCAAGAUGGUGGGAGCCACUCAGCAGCAACAGGACAGUGUACAAGAUGGAGCCUAG